UUAUCGCGUUUAUCGCAUCCCAUGGAUGUGCAUGCGGUCGGCCUCUUCCCGUUCCCAAAUUCAACAGUGAUAGUGUCACUUCCUCUUUAGCGAUAUCGACUAGUGAGUAGUGACAGUUGUUCGCCAACCUAGGAGGGAACUCCCGAACGGUGAACUUGAUCCGUAGUGAUUUAUUGGUUCGAUUUUUUUGGUGUUAAUUAUUUGAGACUGUCACGUGCGGUUGUUUGACAUUGGUGUUGAAUUUGCGCGCGUAGAUUUAGUCCUUUUUUUGUGUUGGGAGUGUUUAGUUAUGGAUUCGACAAUUGAGGAUAUCUACCAGGAUAUCAAGGAGCUCAAUCUGAGUUUUAGGCAUUCGAUUGAGGAUGACUGGAAGCAGUAUUGGCAGUGUGAGCAGUCGAUUGCCAGUGCCCGGGCAAGUGUUAUGAUCUACGAUGACAUCAACAAGAAGUGGGUUCCCUCAGGGUCCUCUUCCGGUCUCUCCAAAGUCCACAUAUACCAGCAUACAGUUCAACAGACGUUCCGGGUAGUGGGGAGGAAGUUGCAGGAUCAUGAAGUAGUCAUAAAUUGUGCCAUUCUGAAGGGUUUGAAAUAUAACCAGGCGACGGCAACGUUCCAUCAAUGGAGGGACAACAAACAAGUCUAUGGGUUGAAUUUCAGCUCGAAAGAAGACGCAGAUCAAUUCGCGAGAGCGAUGUUCCAUUCCUUAGAGAUCCUUAGUAACAUAGUACGACAACCAAACCCUCAGUACGCACCUCCCAUCCAGCAACAACAAUACGCGCCCCCAAUCCAACAGCAACAAUACGCUCCGCCCAUGCAACAACCCCAACAACACACUCAGCCUCCCCAGCCACCUCAGCACCAAUACGAAGAGGACAUCGGCUACCGCACCAUGACACAAGAAGACGUCGCAGCGAUGCAGGAGCGAAGGAUAUCCUCUGCCUACGCCUCCCCCCAGCAGCCUCAGCUGCAGCAGCAGACCUCCCCGAUGGCGCCCCAGAAUAACGGUCCUCCCGUCGCCCCUCAACUGCCGCCCGCCAACCACCUGGCGCCCAGCCCCGUCUCCCCGCCUUCCAUGGGCGGAGGGGGUCACCAGAGAACGGUCAGCGCGCCUCCAGCCCCUCCGCCCCCACCGGGUGGAGCCCCGCCUCCGAUGGGCGGUCCCCCGGCCGGACCUCCGGGUUUGGCUCCGCCUCCACCACCGCCCCUACCCUGCAUGACGAGGUCGCAGAGUAGCGGGGAUAGCGAGGUCAACUCGUUGGCGGCGCAACUGCAGAGCGCCAGGCUCAAGAAGAAUAAGACUGCUCAACCUCCACCUCCAACAGAAAACAGUGGUUCAUCGACGAGUAGCGGAGGAAGCAGUAACUAUGGUACCUUAGGCAGAGCUGCUGGUUGUAGUAUGGCGUCCAUGAUGGAUGAGAUGGCCAAAACUUUAGCUAGGAGAAGAGCAGCAGUAGAAAAGAAAGACAAAGUCCCCGACGACGAAGACAAGAAAGCCGCCAUCUGGGAGAAAACGAACACCCUGCCAGCCAGCUCUUCGAAACACUCUAACGCGGAGUCGCCCAAGAGCAUCAGAAAACGUUUCGGUUCAGCAUCUGAAGAGACGAUCAAAGUGAACGGUUUGAGUGACAUGGCAAUCGGUCCCACCGAAAUGGAGAGCAUCAAGGCCGAACUGAUAAAGGAACUGAGGAAAGACGUUAUGAAAAUGAAAGAAGAUAUGAUGGAGGGACUGAGGAAGGACUUAAACAAAAUGAAGCAAGAGAUAAUAGAGGCAAUCAAAUCAGAGUUGAACCGAAGAACUGGUUAAAUUUAAAGCGUCCCCAAACAGGCAAGUUUGUGGGUGAAAAUUUCGACAUACUGAUCUACUUGUGUAAAAUAAGAUCAGUAGUUUUAAUUAAUCUUACUAUUCAAUAAAUUAAUAAUAAUAACAUAUGAAAAUAACUUUGUGAUAUUGUAUUUUUUAUUUUAAUUCAGUUAUUGCAUUUAAUGAGGGGGAAAUCUGUUGCACAGGUUUCUCAUAAGGUAUAUUUCAAUUGUGAUCUCAAGUCAAAAUUGCACAUUUUAUUCUUAUUGUUUUACAUAUUAAUAUAUCAAUUUGUAACUUUAUUUAAUUUAUAUCCAGUAUUUCAAUAAACUUUUGAAAUGUA